AUGGUGCAUUUUGUGCCAGAUCCUCAUGUCGAGCCUUGUGCUACAUUUGUUUACUGCCCUGGACCUCAUGGAGAGUGCUCAGGCUCCGGCUCCGGUGCUGUGGGCUCCUCUGCCCGCUGGCUCUGGGUAAAGGAGCAUCUGUUACCUGACGUCUCUGCGGACAGUGAUUUAGAUGUGGCUGAACAGGUUGAGAGCAAGGAAAAAGUCCUCAAGAAACUCAGUGGUUUUGGCUUUAUUUACAAGCACGUGGUGUUGGGAGGGAUGCUGUCAGGUCUCUCAGCAGCCAAACUGCUGACUGAGUCAGGCUUGAACGUGGUGCUGCUGGAAGCCAAUGACAGGAUUGGUGGAAGAACUUUCACUGUAAGGAAUAAGCAAGUUAAAUAUGUGGACCUUGGUGGAGCUUACGUGGGGCCAACACAAAACCGUGUCCUGCGGUUAUCUAAAGAGUUAGGAAUAGAGACGUAUAAAGUGAAUGAAGUUGAGCACCUGAUACACCAUGUCAAGGGUAAGUCUUACCCCUUUAAAGGUCUAUUCCCUCCUAUGUGGAAUCCAUUGGCCUACCUGGACUACAACAACCUAUGGAGGACCAUGGAUGAAAUGGGAAAGGAGAUUCCCAGUGAAGCCCCAUGGAAGGCUCCACAUGCAGAAGAAUGGGACAAAAUGACUAUGCAAGAUUUUAUUGAUAAAAUCUGCUGGACAAAGGCUGCCAAGAGUUUCGCAACUCUCUUUGUGAAUGUGGAUGUCACUUCUGAACCCCACGAGGUCUCUGCCCUUUGGUUUUUGUGGUACGUGAAGCAGUGUGGAGGGACAACAAGGAUAUUCUCAACAGACAAUGGAGGGCAGGAGAGGAAAUUUGUUGGGGGCUCUGGCCAGAUCAGUGAGAAAAUAAUGGAGCGCCUGGGAGGCCGGGUGAAGCUGAAGAAGCCUGUCAUUCGCAUCGACCAGACGGGUGAAAGUGUCAUAGUGGAAACCUUAGAUCAUGAAUUAUAUGAGAGCAAAUACGUGAUCAGUGCCAUUCCUCCAGCUCUUGGUUUGAAGAUUCAUUUCAACCCACCUUUGCCGCCAAUGAGAAACCAGCUCAUCAACCGAGUCCCCAUGGGCUCAGUCAUCAAGUGCAUUGUGUACUAUAAGGAAACUUUCUGGAGGAAGAAGGGGUAUUGUGGUACCAUGAUCAUUGAAGAUGAGGAUGCUGCCAUUGGUUUAACACUUGAUGAUACUAAGCCUGAUGGCAGCUUUCCUGCCAUAAUAGGCUUCAUUCUUGCUCGGAAGUGUAGAAGACUGACCGGUCUCACAAAAGAAGAAAGGAAGACGAGGCUGUGUGAGCUGUAUGCAAAAGUUCUGGGAUCAGAGGAAGCUUUACAUGCAGUGCAUUAUGAAGAGAAGAACUGGUGUGAAGAGCAGUAUUCUGGGGGCUGCUACACAGCCUACUUCCCACCAGGCAUAAUGACUCAGUAUGGAAGGAUUAUUCGGCAGCCCAUUGGCAGAAUCUAUUUUGCUGGCACAGAGACAGCCACAGAGUGGAGCGGAUACAUGGAGGGGGCUGUACAGGCUGGAGAAAGAGCAGCCAGAGAGAUACUAUUUGCUAUGAGGAAAAUCCCAGAAAGUGAAAUUUGGAAGCCCGAACCUGAAUCAAUUGAUGUUCCAGCUCUGCCCAUCACUACAACCUUCUGGGAGAGGAACUUGCCGUCUGUGCCAGGACUGCUAAAGCUGAUUGGAUUUUCCACUUUCUUCACCUCUGUGGCUGCAGCAGGGUUAUUGGCCUACAAAAAGGGACUUCUGGUUCGAAACUGAAAAAGGUGCCAACGCAAAGCCCCACACUUGUGGUUUUCUUUUUUUCAGAGGGUUUUUUGGCAUGUACUUCCCUGCCUUCAGAAUCAGGUCAGGACUAGAGAAGAGGAGAAAACAGUAGAGAGAAGAGGCUGGAGGGGAGGGAUAGAGGAAAGAGGAUCCAUAUUAAAAAGAACCCCUUGAAUCCAGGCCUACUUCUAGCAGUAACUUUGUUGUUGAAUUUCUAGGAUACCCUGCCAGGUGUUAUCACCUUGAGGUUUUUAUCCAGAUCUCAGAACAGAAGUGACAAAAU